UCAAAUCAACUGGGUUCGGCCUCACUCUCUCGAUCUUCCUUUUCCGCAACAACUACAGCCAUGGCGUCUGGCACUUUGUAUACAUACCCCGAGAACUUCCGUGCUUACAAAAGUUUAAUCGCUGCCAAAUUUUCGGGUGCUAAUGUUAAAGUAGCAGCCGAUUUUGCAUUCGGAGAGACGAAUAAGUCAGAAUCGUUCCUCAAGAAGUUCCCUGCGGGAAAGGUUCCAGCGUUCGAAAGCAACGAUGGAAAAUACUUAAGUGGCAGCGAUGCUAUUGCUUAUUAUGUAUCAAAUGCCCAACUACGUGGCGCCUCCGAAUUGGAAAAGGCUCAAAUUCUACAAUGGGUAGAUUUUGGCAAUGGAGAGAUCGUGCCCCCAUCCUGUGCAUGGGUGUUCCCAAUUUUGGGAAUAAUGCAGUUCAAUAAGCAAACUACUGACCGUGCAAAGGAAGACGUCAAAAGUGCCCUUUCCGUCCUAAAUACUCAUUUAGUAAAUAACACAUAUCUCGUCGGUGAAAGAAUAACUUUGGCUGAUAUCAGUGUGUUCUGCUCAUUACUUCACCUGUACCAGCAUGUGCUUGAACCAUCCUUCCGUGCUCCAUUUGGAUCAGUCACAAGGUGGUUUACAACUAUCUUAAACCAACCACAAGUCAAAUCCGUUGUCGGUAAUUUCACACUUUGCACAAAAAUGGGAGAAUUUGAUGCCAAGAAGUUUGCCGAAGUACAAGCUAAGUCUGGUGCAGUUCAGCCCAAGAAAGAUAAAAAGGAAAAGAAGCCACAGACUCCAAAAGCUGAACCUAAAGCCGAGGAACCGGCUGAAGAGAUGGAUGCUGCUGAAGCUGCACUUGCAGGAGAACCCAAGAGCAAGGAUCCUUUCGAUUCUCUGCCAAAGGGAACAUUCAACAUGGAUGACUUCAAAAGAUUCUACUCCAACGAAGAUGAGAGCAAAUCCGUGCCAUACUUCUGGGAAAAGUUCGAUCCUGAGAACUAUUCCAUCUGGUUUGGAGAAUACAAAUACAAUGAUGAACUUACCAAGGUGUUCAUGAGCUGUAACUUGAUUACAGGUAUGUUCCAACGUUUGGACAAGAUGCGAAAGCAGGCUUUCUCAUCUGUAUGUCUGUUCGGUGAAGACAAUAACAGCAGCAUUUCUGGUGUUUGGGUAUGGAGGGGUCAGGAAUUAGCAUUCAAUCUUUCCCCUGACUGGCAAAUUGACUACGAAACCUACAACUGGGUCAAAUUGGACCCCAAAUCAGAAGAGACCAAGAAAUUAGUCAAGCAAUACUUCUCCUGGGAAGGUGCCGAUAAGAACGGACGCAAGUUCAACCAAGGAAAGGUCUUCAAAUAAAAUUCAACUAAAGAAUUGCCACUUUUGUUAAUAUUUCAAGUUAUUGUAAUCUUAUCCUGCCACAAUAUUGUUAUUUUUAUAGCAAAAUGUUUGCUGAUGAUGGCAUGUUAUAUUAAAAUUUCUUGAAAUAAAUUAUUUAAAAUCUA